ACUGUGAAUAAUGUAACUGCUGAAGUGAGGUGCCUAUUGAAAUGUAUUGCUGAAGAGACGAUAUGUGAACUGAAAUUAUUAUUAUUAUUAUUAUUGUUGUUGUUGUUGUUGUUGUUGUACUCACGAUCUGUAACCCCAGCCGAGUGUUCGUACUAAUUUUCAACCUCGCAUUCCGAAACCUUGACCUUUCCAAGAUGGCUGACACACAGCGCUGUGCGUGACCCAUAUUGAACCGUCUGACGCAACCGACCCCGGCUGAGGUCCGGACGUCCAGCCAUUUCUGGGUGAGGAUUUAUAGCGCUGUGUUUUUCCUUCAGCUCCCCUGAGAGAGAUGUCCACUAUGGCAUUAAGAAGAGUGUGUUGUCUCCUUGGCAGGCCGCAGAGAUGUGUGUUUACUUCAGGGUUCAGGGCUCAGGGCUCUGUAGCACAGGCUCCCAGAGAGGCAGAGAAGGGUGGGGAGAAGAAGCAAGUCAAAGCACCGAAAGUACAGUUUAACUGGCGCGAUGCCCUCGACCUGGAGGGUCUGCUGACGGAGGAGGAGAUCAUGAUCCGAGACACCUUCCGCACCUACUGUCAAGAGAAACUCAUGCCACGCAUCCUGAUGGCCAACAGAAAUGAAGUUUUCCAUCGUGAGAUUUUGAAUGAGAUGGGUGAGCUAGGAGUUCUGGGUCCAACCAUUAAAGGCUACGGCUGUGCUGGAACGAGUUACGUGGCGUACGGACUGAUUGCGCGUGAGGUAGAGAGAGUGGACAGCGGGUACCGCUCGGUGAUGAGUGUGCAGUCCUCUCUGGUCAUGCACCCAAUCAGUGCUUAUGGCACAGAGGAACAGAAAGAGAAGUAUCUCCCCAGACUUGCACGGGGAGAGAUUCUGGGCUGCUUUGGUCUAACGGAGCCCAACCAUGGCAGCGACCCUGGCAGCAUGGAGACCAGAGCCAAGUACAAUGCAUCCAGCCACACCUUCACCCUCACAGGCUCCAAAACAUGGAUCACAAACUCUCCUGUGGCGGAUAUUUGUGUGGUGUGGGCCAAGUGUGACGAUGGUAACAUCCGUGGUUUUAUCCUGGAGCGAGGUAUGAAAGGUCUUAGCACCCCCAAAAUCGAGGGCAAGUUCUCGCUGCGUGCCUCCUCCACCGGCAUGAUCGUCAUGGAUGAUGUGGAGGUGCCAGAAGAAAACCUGCUACCCAAUGUGUCUGGACUCAGGGGUCCUUUUGGCUGCUUAAACAAUGCUCGCUAUGGGAUCGCCUGGGGAGCACUAGGAGCAGCAGAGUUCUGCUUUCAUGCAGCACGUCAGUAUACACUGGACAGGAUCCAGUUUGGGGUGCCGUUGGCCAGAAACCAGUUGAUGCAGAAGAAGAUGGCAGACAUGCUUACAGAGAUUACGAUCGGCCUGCAGUCGUGUCUACAGCUUGGCAGGCUCAUCGAUCAGAAGAAAGCAAGUCCAGAGAUGAUCUCGAUGCUUAAGCGGAAUAGCUGCGGGAAGGCCUUGGAUAUCGCCAGACAAGCACGAGACAUGCUGGGUGGCAACGGCAUCGCUGAUGAAUACCACGUCAUCCGCCAUGUCAUGAACUUGGAGGCCGUCAACACGUAUGAAGGUACUCAUGAUAUCCACGCUCUGAUCCUGGGCAGAGCCAUCACAGGUCUGCAGUCGUUUACUGUGGAGAAGUAAAUCACUAAUCUGCUGCCCAAAACAGUACAGCAUUUGUCCUACAUAGAACGUUGCUGGUUUGUCCAACGAAAAUGCUUUGUGAAAUUCAUCUAUUUAAGUUUGACUUUGACAGAAUGUAAUUAUUUUAAGUUCAUCUUUAUCUUCAGAAGACGUUUAAAAAAUAUUUUUGUACUCUGAACCAAAAUCAAUUACCCCUUGAGUUUGUAUAUGAAUUAUAACAUCAGUUUAAAAGCAGUGAGUGAGAGAGGACAAACAUUUUCAGUGCACAGUAAAUUACAUUUCAGAGUCUGAGGAAAAAAUGAAUCGAGUGAACUUAAGAUAGUGUGCAGUUGUUUUUGACACCUGAUUUUGUUGCUGUUUUAGGAUAUACAUUAUAUUCUGACAGUGGUUUAAGAAAAUGAGCAUAUUUCAGUUAGUCUGGCACAGUUAAACACAGUUAAACAUUGUUAAAUUGCUGUAAAUUUUAACCAUUAUAUGCAAUUCAGCUGAACUUGGAAUCAAAUUAUAUCUUCCGUCAGUUAAAACCAAAAAUGAAAGCAUAAAGGGUGAUGUUAUGUCAGUCAUUUGGUUUGUAAGAAGGAAUUAAACUUUCAUUGAAAAACAA